AGAAACGAACUGCUGAUACUGCGGCAAGAAAGUUGUAACCUUUUAUUUUCUCUUGAACUGUUUUAUAUAAAAUUCCCGAUGAUUUGCUCAUGAUAAUAAUGAUUUUUUCGAUAUAUGAAAGUGUUUUUGUGGUGUUCUAUUGUUCUAAUUGUUUGUGAGUUUAUAAAUAAACGUUCAAACUGGCGACCGACAGUGAUAGCAAGUCAAACAUGGCUUCUUCAGCGAGAAUUAUUCAAAGUAAUUCCGCAUGGUUUCAGAAAAAGAUUAAUCUGAGGCCGCAACAUCGGGGCGUCCAUCUAGUUACCGAGGAAAUCCUCAGACAAAUACCGGAGUUAUCCCAGUUUGCCAUGGGAUUAUGUCAUGUCCAAAUUCUUCACACCAGUGCCAGUCUGGCUUUAAAUGAAAGUUGGGAUCCAGAUGUCCGAGAUGAUAUGGAAAUGAUGUUAAAUAAGAUUGUUCCCGAGGGGUUGCCUUACAGGCAUUCGUGCGAAGGACCAGACGACAUGCCGGCCCACGUGAAAGCGUGUUUCCUGGGCUCAUCCUUAACGAUCCCGAUAACCGAGGGCAAGCUGAACCUGGGCACGUGGCAGGGCGUCUGGCUCUGCGAACACCGGGACCACGCCGGCUCUCGAAAGUUGCUUAUAACCCUGAAUGGCUGCCUUCGAGAUGCCACCUGCACCCCACUGUCCCCCGUCAGCCCCAUGGCCAGCACGAGCAGUUAGGGAAAACACUCGGGGCACUCACUGUCCAAGCACUGACUGCCCCGAGUACUACGGAAACGACAAAGUUAGUGGCACAGACUAAAAAAAUAAAAUAUUACGACAAUAUGUACAUAGCUGUACAUUGUAUGAUAAUGAUCAUUUGUUUUUGGGUUGUAGUUAUGUGGGAUUGAUUAUUUUUCCUUUUUAUUCCUUUUAAUAUAAGAUAGUGUUUUAUUUUCCAUGUAGCGGGAUCCGUUCCAUUAUUAUUAUUAUUUUAUUCAUCGUGAACGGCAGUAAACUCAAAAUGCCAAUGCUAAGUAUAAGUCGGGGAUAUUUUCUAAGAGUGUAACAAAAAAUACUGAUUUGUGACUACGUUAAUCUACUUUAGGUCACUUUUUUUUUAACGAUUAAUUAAAAUAGUGUGUUUUUGGGUAAAACUAUGUUUGAACUUGUGUUUUCUUUGUAUGGUGUGUUAAAUGGGGGUGGUAAAAUUUUACCGAAACUAAUUUUACCUUGAAAUACGCAAAAUUGGAAGGUUUUUUGACUGGGAGCAGUGAUGUACCACUAAAGUCAUGUAUCGCUGUCUUAUACGCGGCAAAUUAUUCUCUUAUAACGAAAGUAAACAUAAAUGAAACACUAUUCUAUCCUUUAGGUGCUGUGUAUUUUAUUUUAGUUAUUGGGCAGUGAUCGUCAAAGUACUGUUGGUGAGAUAGAAGUAAUAUAAGUAUAUUCACAAUUCCAAAGUGUGUUCUAGAAAAUAACUGGGAUCUAUGAAUAUUGUUUUCGACUUAUUAAGCAAAGAUUUGUUAAAAAAAAUGCCAAGUAGACUGCAUUGUAUACAUUGGAACGAAUUUAAUAAUACUCGUAUAGCAUGGUUGAACAUUCUGAGGCAGAAAUAUAUUUAAUAAAUGUAGUUGUACUAUCUAGACUGUAGAUACUUUGUUGUCAUAUUGCGUAUGUAUAGAAUACUAAAGUUGAUUUAUAGAGCGCUGCCGUUUGUUUUAUAAAUAUUUUUUUAAUAUGUCGAUUAGAUGAACUUUUCUUUUGCAUUCUUACGUAAAGUGUUUAUUUCAGUUUCUCUUCUUUUAUACGAAGGGUUCAAAAUAAGAAAGGUGUCACUGACAUAGGCAUUUGUUUCAAGAAUAAAAUUAUACGUUCACCACGUGUCCCAUAAGAGACCUAGUUUUUUUUUAUUUGUCCUUCAAAUUUUCUUCGAAUAUUAACUUUCCUCUACAAUCUUGAGUGUGUAUUUUUUCUUAAGUUUCCUCUUGCUUUAUUAAAAAAAAAACAGUUAAUUUAAUUCCGUGCCAAAAAAUGUGCAAAGAACAAUGUAAUGCUACGACAGUUUUCUUAUAUGUGACAUUAUACCGCUCUUAUAUUGUGCCCAAAGUUUUUUACCUAGACAUCUGACAAUAAUGAUUGUUUUUAUAUGUUUCAAUGUGUUUAGCAGUCUGCUUGUAUCGUGUAUAUAAUAACAUUACGGGUUGUAUAUAUUGUGUGUUGUUAUGGACUGAACAUGUCUGUCUUCCUUCCUCCUCGUAGCAAUAUCCAAUAGUCUCUCCUCCUGCCCCCUCCUCUUCGUUUAUUGAAAGACAACGAUCAUUGUAUUAUUUUUUAUUUGUUUUCAGAUUUUUGAGCAUACAGGGUAUUGUAUUUGUAUGCUUUUUGAUUAUUCCUUAGAUGGGGUUUUGUUUUACUUUGUUCUUAUUUUUAUUUUAUUAAUCAAUAAAUCGGAGACAUUCCUAAGAAGUUUUAGUUUUUUAUUUUGCAGAAAUAGUCGGAGAACACUUUUGAAUGAACUGGAGAAUGUUUUCAUAAGCACUUUGUUAUUAAUACACUGAAAAGUGGAUAGGUUUUUUAGUUAGUGCAAACACGGAUAUCCAAUAACUAUUUUGAGAGUUUAUAGAAAGUCAACGGGUUAACAUUUUUGCGUGGUACAUUGACAAGUGGAUUUUUUUCAACUAUGUUUUGUGUUUUUUUUCGACGUUUUGUAAAUACUUUUUGUUUUUCCUACAUUUAGUGAGCCAAUUUUCACCACUAGGAAAAUAUAGGUAGAUCACAAUACUUACAUUGUUAAAAAUAUUCAUAAUACAUACAUUGUUUUCAAUAUUUUUAGUGAAUAAGUUAUGAUGUAAAUAGAAAUAUUUCGGCAUAAUGUAAGAAUUAACAGAAGAAACACCCAUAAAUUGAAUAAAUAUAUUUAAGUAUGUUUAUAUACUACAUUUUUAAGCUUUCUGACAUAUAAUAUAGGUUUUUUUAAUGCAAAAUCGUGUAUUAUAGUUUUGCGUUAAGAGUUCAACUCAUGGGUAUUUUUAUAGUGUGAAUUUAGUCCAUUGUUAUGAAGGUACCUAAAUAUAUUUUUGGCAAAAAUACGGCUUCUUUGAGCAUUUCUAUACGAUUUUACACUUAAAAUUCCACUUUACGCAAUAAUCACUAUUACGUUAGACGCUUUCUAGGAAAGAAGUUAAUAAUUUUUUCGAUUAUAUACUGAUUUGUACCCAUCCGUCCUCUAUGUAUAACUACUUAAAUAAAAAAAGUAUAUUUUGAA